AUGGGUGGUACCUCGCUAGCCAAAAAAAAUAUACGGCACUAAAACCGCGGCUCAUGCUAACCACCGAUGGAACUAAAUCCUCGGCACCCACCACCCAUUUAGAUUGAGUCCAGUAGUUUCCUUUUUCAUUCCACGACAUCCCCUGCACAUCCUUGCCGGUGGCGACUUCACCUCCACAUCCUGCCAGCGGCGACUUCAACUCCCCAUCCUGCCAGCGGCGACUUUACCUCCCAUUUCUUGCCGGCAGCAACUUCACAUCCCCUUCAGCACUCUGUCCCAAGAUCAGGAUGGCUCCAGGGAGGAUGGGAUCACGAUGCAAAAGGGAUGCCCUAGCAGAAACUACUCCUACUGAAUAUGAGAAACAGAGGGCAGCACAUGUGAUGAGGAACAACCAAAUGUUCCAACGGCUUGGGAUUAAUCAGCUGCGCACAAUAAUGACUGCUACAAGAGUAAGGAGCAAAGAUGAUUGUUCAGAGGAAUCUGGGUCUUUGUAUGACGGUGAGGACAGUGAAGGCUCUGAGCAAGAGGAGGAUUUCCAGGUUGCAAAAGGUGUACGUAGCCACAACUCAACUCAUGUUGCUGAAAAAACUACGCAAGGAACACGAGGACAUAAAAGGGUUGUGGCCCCUGGUGUAAAUGAACAACAAAUUAGAAUCACUAGGCAAAGGAGUGCUACCAUAAACCAACAAUCCUUCCUAAACCUAACUACCACUACACAUCCUAGUUCAACAGCUACCACAAACCAAGAAUCCACCCAAAAUAUUACUUCUGCAACACAAUUUACUUCAAGUGCAGCCGCUGAACAAAAUUACACCCAAGGCCUGACUGCUGCUGCACAAGCUAAUUCUCCCAUACAAGCUGACAUCAGCGACCACAUUGCAGAUGAAGAAUUGGUACCAAGGCAAAGAAGUAUGGGCAAACAACUUGAAUCCUUGAGCAGAGGGUUAGGCACUAAGAUUCCAAUCCAAAUUUAUGAUGGAAAGCGAAGGCCAGAACCCCCUAUUCAGGUCGCAAAGUUUGCAUCAGAGGGUGGGAUCAUACUCAGGCAACAUAUUCCAAUAUUUCCACACUGGAAGGAGUACAAGAAGCAAGAGAACGAGGGUAAAAUUACAGACUAUAUUGGCAAGCUUGCUGGUCAAUUCACCAUGGAUGUGGACAGUAAGGCAGUCAAAGAUGCAUGUGUUGAUAUGAUAAAAGGAGGGCAGCGCCAGAUGAGGUAUAGGCUGAAAAGGAAGUACUUCACCGGGGUUCCUGCAAAUCAAGUGAGGACUACAUCGCCUGUUCCAUGUAUGACUGAUGACCAAUGGAAAGAUUUGGUACAAAUGUGGUCUACCCCAAACCACAAGAACAAUUGUGUCAAGAACAAACUUAAUUGUGAGAAGGUGCAAUUUCCACAGUGCACAGGAUCUCAAUCCUACAUUGCAAAAUCCUAUGUAGUGAGGCAAGAAAAAUAUAAAGAUAUGGAACCUAGUGCAAUUGAUCUUUUCAAGGAGAUGCAUUGCAGCAAGAAGAAAGGAUUUAGUGAGGCCGUUCAGAAAGCUAUAGGUGAUAUGGAAGCAAUGGUGGCAACACCAGUUGAAGAUGGACAGCAUGUGCUGUCUUCGACAGAAGUUGUUUCCAAUGUGCUAUCGAGUUCAAGUAAAUUUCUUCACAAUGCUGGCCUUUUACCUACCUCCAAGAGAAGCAAUACAAGGACUAUCUCGACAAGGAUGCAAGAGCUUCAGACUCAAUUGGACACUGAGAGGCAAGAAAAAAAUGGAUUUCGAGAAGAAAUGGAAACCUUAAAGGCCCAGUCACAAGCAUCUGAGGCAACCAUUGCUAAUCAAACGACCGAGAUUGCAGAUUUGAAGAAGUCCUUAUCAGAAAAUAACAGUCUCCUUCGACAAAUAUUAAGCAUCAAUCGUGGCCAAAUGACUCCUCCUUAAGUACACUUGCUAGGGUGUUGGUGUCAACCAUCCUGAAGAUCGAUCUCACAAAACUUUAGACCUCGUUUUAUCCUUAUGCUUGCUGUAGAAAUUAAUAGGAACUACAACUUGUUCUAUUGUUCACUUGUUAUAGAGGAUUAUGAAUCAUGUUUAAUGUUAAAAGCUAUGUGUUGGAUGCAUUAUGCUUGAAAUAUAUGUGGAUAUUGUUACUUUGGAUGUU